GCUGCGACAGCAGAGAGAACUGUUUAAUCACAGGUGUGAUUUAAGUCAACCGUUUGAAGCCGCGCUACUAAGAUGCGAAGACUAUAAAAUAGUAUUGAUACUGAUCAGAAGAGUCUUAUUGGGAAAGAAGAACACAUUUGUCUCGUUCUGUUCCUUGCAGUCCCAAGAUGAAGCAGACCUGUCAGGUCCCAGGCUUUCUCUCGAAGCUCUGGAUGCUCGCCGGGGACGAGUCUACCAAUGACCUAAUCCGCUGGGGGCAUGAUGGCAGCAGUGUUGUUGUGCUGGAUGACCUGCGCUUCAGUAAGGAGGUCCUACCGCUGUAUUUUAAACACUGCAAUAUGGCCAGCUUCAUCAGACAACUUAACAUGUAUGGCUUCCACAAGGUGGUGCACAAUCACAUAGAUGGCUUGCCCAAGGAUGGAGGGAGCCGCAGAGUAGAGUUUCAGCACCAGUACUUCCAGAGAUCUCAGGCAAACUUACUCCCCCUCAUCAAGAGAAAGGUGUCGUCUAGCCGUGUGUCCCAGGACACGGGCCCAAUGUCCCAGGUGCUAGUGGAGGUGGCGCAGGUCGGGAGAUGGUGCAACUCCUCCCAUCUCCAACUACUGGGUCUCUCCAGGGAUAAUGAGAGAUUGUGGAGGGAGAUGGAUUACCUCCGACAGAAAUAUCAUCAUCAGCACCAGAUCAUCAGAAAGAUUAUUCACUUCAUUGCCAGCACAGUGCAGUCAAACAGAUUCCAUGGCGUCAGGAGAAAACUAUCCAUUGUCGGAAACAAAGGUCAGGCGUCAUCGGCGGCUCCCAGAUUUAGACGUUCUCUUAGUGUCCAGUCCACUAAGAGCAACUCAUAUCUGGACUCCAAAGACUGUGUGUACUCCAUCUUAACAGACAUCACCCAUCUGCUGCAGCAACCUCAGUCCAACCUCAGCGGUCUCUCUGUAUCUCUAGAGAUCCCUUCUUCCUUCGCUGAGGAUCUGUGCUGUGCAUCUUCCGCCACACCGCUCUCCUCCACGCACACGUCCAGUUUUCUCUCCGAGCUCACCUCCGACUCCCCUGACCUUCCGUCCCACCCUCAAGAGGAAUUGCCCCCCAUCUCCAUCAUGACCGACUCUCCGUCUUCUUCUUCUUCUUCUUCUUCUUCUUCUUCUUCUUCUUCUUCUUCUUCUUCUUCUUCUUCUUCUUCUUCUCCUCCAAGUGUUCCGUCCCCACCAGUGAUUAGUGAAGGACUGAUAAGUGAAGAUCUUCCUUUCCUGGCUCCUGCAGCUCCGGCACUGUGUGAAAAGGUUCCUGUCAUGUUCUCAGCAGUGACCCCAGGCCUGACAUCCAUGUCUGCCAAGCUUCCGUCUCUAGAACCAGCUGUGCCGUGUGCGGUCCCUCAAGAGCUGAACGGAUCUGCAGGCCAGGAGAACAUUCUCAAAUGUCCUGCAACGUUCCCAGAUGUUCUGCUGCCAGGAGAGCGUUCUCAGAUGUUCUGCGACGUUCCCCCGGUUUCGUCUGCUGCGACAGUGACUGUUACUUCGAUGCUAGCAGCAGGCGUUUCGUCAACGUCCGCUGGAGUUUCGGCUGCUUCCACGAAUCUUCCGUAUGUGUCGAGGGCGGUUCCCUCAAUGUCACCAGACAUUCCGUUAAUGUUCACCAGCGUUCCAUCUGGUUCUGCCAGUGUUCCGACUGUGGCCAGCAGUGAUCCGUCACUUCCUCUGGAGAUUCCGUCUAUGUUCUCCGGAGUUAAUUCAUCUGGUUGUCUUGGUGUUCCGUCUCUGAACACCAACAUUCUGCCCAUACCAGCAGAGGUUCUGACAGAGGGUCCCUCAGUAUUCCCUGAUAUUCUGUCCGGUUCCUGCAGUGGACCUUCAGAGGCAGAGGGGCUUACAACAGUAGAAGAUGCUCUCUCCCUGCUCAUGGAACCAGUGAGCCACACAGACAACAUUACAGAGAAGUGUGGGGAUGACCCUUUGGCCCAGAUCGACUGCAGCCUUGCUGCUAUCAGCUGCUCCCGAACACCAUCUGAAGACCACCUGGAUCUGCUCUCAGAGUUUUUCAGCCCAGCAGAGGGUGUGUGUGAGCAUGGUGACUCUAGUGUGCAGACAUCAGAGAGGAAGCGCGGGGCCCCGGAGGGGGAAGAGACACCUCUGCACACACUCACAGUACCCGAGACUCUUCCCUUUGGGACGUGUAGUGGUGGUGAUGAAGAUAUUGGUGAGGGUGCGGACAUUCUGCCCUCUCUUCUUCUGUUGGCUCAGGAGGCAUCUGCUCUCGAACAAGGCCACUUCAGCGUCUUUCCAUAGAACUCCACUUAUCUCACCACAGAAAUAACACUUUCACGUACAUGUACACACAGUCUGUGUGUGUGUGUGUGUGUGUGUGUGUGUGUGUGUGUGCGUGCGUGCGUGCGUGUGUGCGUGCGUGCGCGUGUGGUUGUCAUUAGCAAGAAAUGUCAAAUGACCACUUUGUGAAAGUGAAGUGGGACAAUUUGUCAUGCACACACUCACACACAAUUUCUCUUGAUCCCUCAUACAAACACGCGGGGGGGGGGGGGGUGUUUGUAUUUGUGUGUGGGUGGGUGUGUGUAUGUGUGUGUUGGUGGAAGGCAUGAUACUAUUUCACAUCCUGUUAUCAGGAGAAGACUGUGGUUACCUGAGCAAUCAAAAAAAGAAAACAGCACCAUCGUUUUUUGCAACUUCUUUAUCUCUCUCUCUCUCUCUCUCUCUCUCUCUCUCUCUCUCUCUC